CGACAUGAGCGGACUAAUAGUGUGAAAAUGCGCCUCGGCUGUGCUUGGCUGGCGCUCGGCCUGCUUUUUCACCUGAACCUUAGCCUGGACUUGGGUCUGGCGGCCGAUAUACUGGGUGUAUUCCCGUACCGCCUUCCUUCGCCCUUCCAGAUGGUGCGGCCCCUGAUGCGGGCUCUAGUCGAGCGGGGACACAAGGUCACAAUGAUCACACCGGAGGGAUAUCUGCCCGACAUCGUGGGAGUUCGUCACAUACGCGUGCCCAUGCUGAACAGGCUAAUUGAUGAUAUAAUGGAAAGCGAUAUAUUUCUGGACUUGUUGGGCAACAAAUGGCGGGAGGGCUGUCUGGCUGCCACGAUCUUUUACAACGUUUCGCAUGCCAUACUCAGCAACGAAGGUGUUCAAAAAAUGCUGAAGGACAAGAGCGAGCGGUUCGAUAUGGUCAUUUUGGAGGCCAGUCACCUGGAUGCACUUUACGGCCUGGCCGAGUUCUACAACGCCUCGCUGGUCGGAGUUUCCUGUAUGAACGUGAACUGGAACAUUGACUAUUUGGCGGGAAAUCCUGCUCCCAGUGUAUAUGAACCAGUUUCCCCGGUGGGAUUCGCUCUUGAUUACUCGCUGCUCAGCCGGUGGAACAAUUGGGUUUAUAUUACGGAAGAGAGGCUUCUGGAGCGACUCGUCUUUCGACCCGCCCAGUUGAGGGUCUUUACGAAGUUCUUCGGUUACACCGCUGAGAAGAUGAGUGAACUCAGGGACAGAUUCUCCUUACUUCUAGUCAACACCCACUUCAGCAUGGGAAGGGUGCGAGCCAAUGUACCCAACAUCAUUGAGGUGGGAGGUCUGCAUCUCAGCGAACCCCCAGAACCGUGUGGUGAGGAACUGCAGAGAUUUAUGGACGAGGCGGAGCAUGGUGUCAUUUAUUUCUCGAUGGGACUGGACAUUCUGGUUAAAUAUCUGCCGGAAAAUCUGCAACACCAUCUCCUGCAGGCCUUCGCCCGACUAAAACAGCGGGUGGUUUGGAAGAACGAGAUUGCCAUGAUGCCCAACAAAUCGCGAAAUAUCUAUGUAAUUGAAAGAGCUCCUCAGCGCCAGGUGUUGGCCCAUCCCAAUGUGCGGCUUUUUAUCAGCCACGGCGGAAUGCAGAGCGUUAUAGAGGCGAUAGACAGUGGAGUUCCGAUGCUGGGAUUGCCACUGUUCUUCGAUCAGUUCAACAACUUGCAUCGGGUGCAGUUGGCCGGAAUGGCCGAGGUCUUGGACACCAAUGCUCUGGACGCAGAUACUCUAACCGAAACUAUCAAGAAGCUGAUCGAAAACCCCAGCUAUGCGAAAAGAGCAAAGGAAAUGUCUCGAUCCUUCAGGGACCGACCCAUGAGUCCGCUGGAGACUGCUCUCUGGUGGACGGAGUACGCCCUGCGACACCGGGAUACUAGCCACAUGCGACUCAAUUUGGACGAAAUUCCUCUGAUGCGCUACUACAGAUUGGACAGCGUGCUCACCGUUGGAAUUCGCUUUGCCUGCGUCCUUGGAUCGAUUACCUUUCUGGGCUGGAGAUUGUACCGGAAACGUCGCAAUAGGCAGAGACGCCUUCGUGAGAGGAAAAGAGCGUUCAUGGAGAUGCAGAUGCGAUUGCUGAAUGAAAAGAUUUAUUCCAAUUAAUUCAAUCAAUUAGAACAAUUAGUUCAGAAUUCAGAUUAGAUUGCGCUCAUUUGCGGACGGAACUCCGAC